AUGAUUGAAGACAAUAAGGAAAACAAAGACCAUUCUUUAGAAAGAGGAAGAGCAACACUCAUUUUUUCCUUAAAGAAUGAAGUUGGAGGACUUUUAAAAGUACUGAAAAUCUUCCAGGAGAAGCAUGUGAACCUGUUACACAUUGAGUCCCGGAAAUCAAAGAGAAGAAACUCGGAAUUUGACAUUUUUGUUGACUGUGAUAUCAACAGAGAACAACUGAAUGAUAUUUUUCAUCUGUUGAAGUCUAAUACUGAUGUUCUGUCUGUGAAUCCACCUGAUAAUUUUACCAUGAAGGAGGAUGAUAUGGAAGUGGUUCCUUGGUUUCCAAAGAAGGUUUCUGACCUGGACCAUUGUGCCAACAGAGUUCUGAUGUAUGGAUCUGAACUAGAUGCAGACCAUCCUGGCUUCAAAGACAAUGUCUACCGUAAAAGGCGGAAGUAUUUUGCAGACUUGGCUAUGAACUAUAAAUAUGGUGACCCCAUUCCUAGGGUUGAAUUCACUGAAGAAGAGAUUAAGACCUGGGGAACCGUGUUCCGAGAGCUCAACAAACUUUACCCAACCCAUGCCUGCAGAGAGUAUCUCAGAAACUUACCUUUGCUUUCUAAAUAUUGUGGAUAUCGGGAGGAUAAUAUCCCACAGUUAGAAGAUGUUUCAAACUUUUUAAAAGAGCGCACAGGUUUUUCUGUCCGUCCUGUAGCUGGUUACUUAUCAUCAAGGGACUUUUUAUCAGGCUUAGCCUUUCGAGUUUUUCACUGCACACAGUAUGUAAGACACAGUUCAGAUCCCCUCUACACCCCAGAGCCAGAUACCUGCCAUGAGCUCUUAGGUCAUGUCCCCCUUUUGGCUGACCCUAGUUUUGCACAAUUCUCUCAAGAAAUCGGCCUGGCAUCCCUUGGAGCUUCAGAGGAGGCUGUUCAACAGCUGGCAACGUGCUACUUUUUCACCGUGGAGUUUGGUUUGUGUAGACAAGAUGGGCAGCUAAGAGUCUUCGGUGCUGGCUUACUGUCUUCUAUCAGUGAACUUAAACAUGCACUUUCUGGACAUGCCAAAGUAAAGCCCUUUGACCCCAAGAUUACCUGCAAGCAGGAAUGUCUCAUCACAACUUUUCAGGAUGUCUACUUUGUAUCUGAAAGCUUUGAAGAUGCAAAGGAGAAGAUGAGAGAAUUUACCAAAACAAUUAAGCGCCCAUUUGGAGUGAAGUAUAAUCCGUAUACCCAGAGUAUUCAGAUCUUGAAAGACCCCAAGAGCAUAACCAGUACCGGGAAUGAGCUGCGGCCUGAUCUUGAUGUUUGUCAGUGAAGCCCUUGCCAAAGUCAGCCGGCAGCUGAGCAUCU